CUCGUCUUCAUACACACUUCUCGUACUUGUCGGCAUCCACGUAGUCUGCCCAUCAUGUCGAUAAUGGAGACUAACGGUGGCUCCGUGGUUGCCAUGGUUGGCAAGGACUGUGUCGCCAUUGCGUCCGAUCUUCGUCUGGGGAACCAGGCCCAGGGUCUUGCCGCCAACUUCCAGAAGGUGUUCUCUAUAACCGACAGGAUAUAUCUCGGUCUUCCAGGCCUCGCGACGGAUGUGACAACUCUUUACGAACGCUUCCGCUUCCGAACGAACAUGUACACCAUCAAAGAAGAGCGCGAAAUCUCGCCAGAAACCUUCGCCCACCUCGUCUCCUCUACACUCUACGAGCAUCGAUUUGGACCCUAUUUCAUAGAGCCCGUCAUCGCGGGCAUCUCCGCCGCCCCUACCGCCUCCCCGUCCGCCGUCUCCUCAGGCACCCUCGCACCCCCUCCAGGGAAGAAAUGGCAGCCGUUCAUUGCGGCGACGGACGUCAUCGGGUGCAUCAACUUUGCGAAGGACUUCGUCGUCGCCGGCACAGCGAGCUCAACCCUGUUCGGUGUGGCAGAAGGCCUGUGGGAGCCUGACUUGGAGCCUGAAGAUCUGUUCGAGACGAUCAGCCAGACGAUGUUGAACGCGCUCGAUCGGGAUGCGUACUCGGGGUGGGGGGUGGUGGUCCAUGUGAUAACACCAGACAAGGUUAUCACUCGCACAUUGAAAGCCAGGAUGGACUGAAUACUUCAUCUGCUGUAUUCUCUUGUCAAUGGAAUGAUAUC